AUGAUUGAUCUCUCCGGAAAUGAGAUCACCGGCACCUUGCCCUUGAAACUCUUCCGGAAUUUGAGAGCAAUGACAGAGAAACCUGUGGAGAAGCGUCAACGACCAUUAGUUUACCGUCUCGGCGAUAAUUUCGUCGGCAUUAGGGAUUACCACAUUUCUUUGAAUGUAACAACGAAGAGAUUGGAGAUGGAAUUGACGAAGACUCUAGACGUUUUCGUAUCCAUGGACUUGUCGAAAAACCGAUUCGGUGGACGAAUUCACGAGGAAGUAGGACAACUUAUUUCCCUUCAAAUGCUCAACUUCUCUCGCAAUAACUUCGCCGGUCCGAUCCCGGCAUCGUUCGGAAAUUUGGUGGCACUUGAAUCAUUAGAUCUUUCAUCAAACAAGAUCAACGGCAAUAUUCCUUCUCAAAUGACGAAUUUGACGUUUCUUGCGGUGUUGAAUCUUUCAAGCAACAAUCUUUUCGGAUCGAUUCCCCAAGGGAAUCAAUUUGGCACCUUCGAUAACGAUUCCUACAGCGAUAACUUGGGAUUGAGCGGCUUACCAUUGUCCAAGCAAUGCGGCAUGGCGGGGUGGCUGAACCUCCGACACCAUUGGUGGCGGAAUAUGAAGGUUCUGAACCACUGUCUUUUUGGAAAGUUGUAA